UCCCUUAUUUGAUAUCAGAGAGCCCAAUGGAGCCUUCUGAAGAACCUAGUCAGGUUAGCAAAGAUAACUUUUUAGAAGUUCCUAAUUUAUCUGAUUCUCUUUCUGAAGAUGAAGACGUUAAAGCUACCUUCAAACCUGGUUUCUCCCCUCAACCUAGCAGACGAGGUUCUGAAUCCUCUGAAGACAUGUACCUGGACAGUCCACCUUCAGGUGCAAGAAGAGUUUCCUUUGCUGACACCUUUGGAUUCAAUCUUGUGUCUGUCAAAGAAUUUGAUUGCUGGGAUUUACCAAGUGUUUCAACCAAUUUUGACUUAACGAAGGACAUUUUCCACACAGAAGAAUAUGUUUUAUCUCCACAAUUUGACUUGCCUUCUUCAAAAGAAGAUCUUAUGCAACAACUUCAGGUACAGAAAGCGAUACUGGAGUCAACUCAGUAUCCUCCUGGGUCUACAAGUAUGAAGGGCAUUAUUCGAGUGUUGAAUAUUUCUUUUGAGAAAUUAGUAUAUGUGAGAAUGUCCUUGGAUGACUGGCAGACAUAUUAUGACAUUUUAGCAGAAUAUGUCCCGAAUUCAUGUGAUGGUGAAACUGACCAGUUCUCCUUUAAGAUUUCAUUGGUUCCUCCUUAUCAAAAAGAUGGCAGUAAAGUUGAGUUUUGUAUACGUUAUGAAACUUCUGUUGGUACAUUUUGGUCUAACAAUAAUGGCAUAAAUUACAUACUGGUUUGUCAAAAGAAAGAAGAAGAGCCAGAGCCUGUAAAACAACGGGAAGAAGUUUCUAAUAAACAAAUAAAAGGCUGCUUAAAGGUAAAAUCAAGUAAAGAAGAAUCAUCAGUAACAUCAGAUGAGGAUAACUCUGAGAAUUCAAAAAUUACAGAUACCUAUAUCCCAACAAUUGUUUGUUCUCAUGAGGACAAGGAAGACUUGGAAACCAGUAAUCAAAACGUAAAAGAUGUAAACAGGGAACACGAUGAGCAUAAUGAAAAAGAAUUAGAGUUGAUGAUAAAUCAACACUUAAUAAGAAGUACUACUUCCAGAGACGAAAAAAAUACACUUUCAACCCAUCCAGUUGAUUUUCCAAAUAAAGCCGAGGGGUUAGAGAAGAAGCAAAUCCAUGGGGAAGUAUACACUGACUUGUUUAAAAGGCCUUUGUCCCCAAGUUCAUCGGCAGAAAGCUCCUUAAAGGGAGAUUUUUCCCACAAUGAAAAGUGUUCCUCAGGAAAUGAGUGUAGUCGUCAACCUUCAGAGGAAAUUACUUCAGAUAUGGGAGAAAUCACGCCAUCAUUGGGAGAGACUAGUAGUGAUGAAUUAGUGCAAUUACAUAUCGGCAGCAAAGAAGUACUGGAUGAUAAUGCUAAUCCAGCCCAAGGGAGAGGCAGAGUACAAAUAUAUUGUCCCGCCUCAGGUCACCUAAUGGCAGACAACCUUAAUAAAAAACAUGAAGGAGGAGCUAAGAAAAUUGAAAUAAAAGAUUGGGAACGUUUAAGAGGAGAUUUCCACUUGGAUUUCCAUUCAGAAGAAUCAAUAGAAAAAGGAUCUUCCAAGAAAGAUUAUGACAAUGGUAAGAAUGAGGUGAAGGAGCAAAGAAUACAUUUAGGUGUUAGUGAAAAACAAAGCAAAACUUUUCAAUCAAUCUUACAUGACCAAGCAAGGAAGAUCGGCCACUCUGAAAUAAAUGUGGAAGGGAUUGGAGCUAGUAACAAAGACCUGACUGUUCUGCCCAGUAAAGAUACCACAAUUCCCUCCCAGGCAAUCAGAUCAGAUACACUUCAUUCACCAAGGACAAAUCUAAGUUGGGAAGAAACUGUUUUAACAACCCCAGAGCGUAAUCUCUCAACUAGUGAAGGCACUACUUUAGGAGGGCCAUCUGGUCAAGGUUGUUCAUCAAGAAAUGGACAUGUUUGGAGGAAUCCUUAUCUUUUCCAAGUUGAAGAAGAAAAAUCAGAUUGGAUUAAUCCUAAAGAUCAGAAUAAGAACACACAGCAUAAACAAAUUUGGAAUGUUCUGGAAAGUCAGGGGGAACCAAGAGAGAGUAAGACAAAUAUAACAGAGCAGAUCAAAGAACAAGCAGAUUGUGAAGACAUGUGGGAAAAAAGAGAUAAUACAAGGAGUCUGAAAGCUACUCCUACAAAAGAAUUGUUUACCUGCCAAGAAACUCUGAGCUGUGAAUUGUCUUCUCUAGCUGAUCAUGGUAUUACUGAGAAAGCAGAAGCAGGUACAGCUUAUAUAAUUAAGACAACAUCAGAAAGUACUCUAGAAAGCACGUCUGCUAGAGAAAAAGCAAUAAUUGCUAAGCUACCUCAAGAGACAGCACGAAGUGACAGGCCCAUCGAGAUAAAGGAAACAGCGUUUGAUCCACAUGAAGGGAGAAAUGAUGAUUCACAUUAUGCCCUUUGUCAAGGAGAUACAGUAGGUGUAAUCUAUGUCAAUGAUUUUGAAAAGGAAUCACGUUUAGGUAUUUGUAAUGUACGUGUAGAUGAAAUGGAGAAGCAAGAAACCAUAUCUAUGUACAAUCCUGGGAAGACACAUGACAGGGAGAAACGUGGCAUUGGAAAUAUAACAUGUGUAGAAGAAUCCUUACAGGCCAUUACAGGCAAUGAAAAAGCAGCCUCAAAACAAGAUUUACAUUUGGCAAUGUUACCAACAGAAAAAAAAAUAUUUCCAGAAAAUAGAGAUCGUGGGCAGGUCCAAGAAUUAUCAAAGAAAAUGGAUAUAGAUGCCGUUAUUCAUUCUGCUUUAAAUUCAGACACUAAUAGGGCUUCUCAGAAUGGCUCUCACAUUUCCAAUCACCAUGCUAAAACUUCAGUGCCAUCUCAUGAACAGGCAAUUGCUGUAGAGAAUACAAUUACUACCAUGACUCUCCAAUCUAUUUCUAGUAAAUCAGAAUAUAAUUGUAAUCCAACAAAUGAAAACCAGGGUAUUGAAAAGCACCCUCAUCGUGGGUCUAUACCUGAGGAAGUUUCCAGUUCAGAAACAGUGACAUCAGGCAGUAGGAGAGAAAGAUGCAUAGGCCAGAUUUUCCAACAAGGAGAAUGUAGUGUGGAAAAAUCUCCAGGGCCAAUGAUUUUAAUCAGUGAAGAUUUCGAGAACAUGGAAGAGGCAAGGCAUAAAAAUGAAGGAUUAAUAAACUCUAGGCAAUCACUGUCCUCUUCAGGUGACAAGCAAUCUGAGGGCUCUGCUUCUACUAGUCUCCCUGCCCAGGGAAGUCAAGCUCAAAGCAAUGAAUCUCUGCUUUCAAAAUACACCAACUCCAGAAUACCUUAUUUCCUUUUGUUUCUGAUAUUUCUUAUAACCAUCUACCAGUAUGACUUAAUGAUCGGCUUGGCGUUCUACCUUUUGUCGUUGUACUGGCUAUCCUGGGAAGGGGGAAGACAAAAAGAGUUUGUCAAAAAGAAGUAACCUCAGCAGUAUUAUUAUUCUCUCUUAAAAGAUAAGCUAUUUAGCCCCAAACAUUUGGAAUGGUGAAAGAGACUAUUCAUUGUUCAAAGAGCCAGUGCAGUUUUUCUCUUGAAGGAUCAUUUAAAAAGGAAUGCGUAUGAAGUUUGCUCCUUCAUAUAAGUAAUUAUUCUAUAUAGGACCAUUAUGUUUGGAUCAUUAAAUACCUAUAUGAAUAUGAGAUCUGAAGCACGUCAAGUUGAAAUUAGGUACAGCUGUUGCUCCUUAGCAGGCUAUGAAGUUGCAAUGCUUCACGUCUCUUCACAUCUCUUAAAGUGCCAUUUCUUGCAUUCAUUUCUUUUGCAGUAAAGCUUCAAUUUUUUUUUCCCCUGAGAGUAUUUUUCCCCCUAUGGUUUUUAAAAAUAGAUAAAACAUGGACAAUGGCAGAGGACCUUUUUUGGUCUUUUAGUAUUGACCAUGAAAUUUGCAUUUACCGCAGUAUCAUUUAUCAGCACAUUUUAUAGAUCAAAUCUUUCAACUUUGAUUUCAUAUUUUUAAGAACAACACCUGUGUAUAUUGAAAUGUGUAAACUGAAAUUCAAGAAACACAUUGUUUGCUUGAAUAAUACUUUAUAAACAUACAUACCUUUUACCUGCUUUCUACCUACAAAGUGAGGACAUUCGUAAGCCAAAUCCGGCAAAGACUGAAACAAUUGGGAGGUGAUCUUUCAAUUCUGCAAAAUUUUGUGGGUGGCCUGUGUGUAAGCAAUGUUUUUCUCUUGUAAAAGGAGACUGUAUAACACAGCUGAACAAUUUCAAUGUCAACUGUUAUUCAGAGUUGAAAAUUUAAAUUAAAAGUUCCACAGGCACUGAUCCAGAAUGAAUUUGUACCUGUAAAGCAAAAAGCAUUAAAUGAUAAUAACAAUUAAAAAAGAUUUCCAAACAAACUAUUCUACUUGGUAGUACUUUUUGUCCUCAAACAAAUUUUUAAACUUUUCUCAUUAUAAGACAAUAAAUUGUUCCCCAAGCUGCCUUUAGAGAACAAACAACCAUUUGUGAUAUUUAUUAUAUAAUUAACAGGUUGUUAGAUGAUAACUCACCAUUUUAAGUAGGCAAAUAUGUGGACGUGGAAAUCGACUGAUGGAGAAAUGAAUACUGAGUAGAGCAGUGACUUUGGCUGCUGUUGUUACUAUGGCUAAGUAUGUGAAAUAAUGGAACUAAUCAUUUUAGUCACGUAAAGGUAAUGCAAAGAUUCUUAUACAAUAGAUUUCAACAACCAUUUAAUGAAUGACUACCCUGUGCUCUGUUCUAUGGCAGAGCACUUCCUUUGAUACCCUGAAUUUCUAGUUCUCAGGGAGGAGGCAUAGGUACAUAGUUACCAGGAAUAUGGAAGAGAGUCACAUUGAGGGAGCCCAUUUGGGUGAUUCCUUUUUCAUAGGAACUUCUUUCAUAGAGCAUGUAACAUGGAUUUCCAGAGAGAAAAAGUAAUCUACGUAUUUACCUAUAAAGGUAAAUUUAAUGUGUAAAAGUGGCAUGUAUCAUCCUACACUUCUAAGAAACAAGCAUUUAUGGGAAGACAAAAUGAGAAUGGAGCAUUUAAACUGACUUUCAUGUGGUAGUAAAUGAUUUCCUUAAUUUUCAUUAGGUAUACAACUAUUUCCAAAUCCCCUAAUUGCAUCUUUGUCUCAAGUCCCAUUGAAACUGAAUGCUUGACUUUAACUUUUUAGUUGAGCAAAGACAAAUAUCCUGAAGUAGAACUCAGGGCAAAUAUUUGAUUGUUUGAGAAAGCACAUUUUCAUUAAACACAAGUGGAACACUGUUGGCCAUACCUAGAAUAUUAUCUUUAAAAUUGCUGUCCUGAUAAUUUUGUUGACAGGUCUAAAUUACAAUGGAGUUAAGGUUAGCAUUUCUUCAGUUCUUAACGUUUUGGUUUUUGCAUUCUACCUUUAAGAGUUUCAGUCAAUAUGCCAUGUCUUCUUAAUGCAAAGAACACUACAUUACUUUAUGAACACAGGUGCCCGAACUGUACUUAUUCUCUUGUAUGUAAAAGAAUGCAACUUCUUUUAUCUUUUUUAUUUGACUUUUGGCAACAUUAACUUACUAAACCUUCCCAUGCAUAUUUGUAAUAUGACAGCAGAAGUUUCAGAGGAUUUAAAAUACUGAAUUGUGUAUUUUUCUGCGUGCAAUUUAACUGACUUUCCAAACAUUACUUAGAAAGAAUUUGAAAUAAAGUCGUGAGAACUUAUGAAACUAUGGCCAAGUGGAGAGGUAGAUGUUUGCGCUCCAUUUUGGUCACAUCACUAUGUUGAACAAAAAAGUGGAUCUCAGGAAGAACCAGAAGGCCCUAGUUUAUAAAGAUUCGACUGUGAAUCAUCACAGCAAGGGUAGUAUUUA